CAGUUUUUAAUUAAGACGAUGGCCCAUAGUCAGUCGUUGUGCUUUUCUUUGAAAAGUUUGAUCUGCAUUGCAGCCACCGUCCGUCCAGUACAUUCCGUAGUUCUAAACUAGUUACUUGUCAAAUAGAUUUGUGAAACUAACUUGCUCUAUCACGUCCUGCGGUUCCGACGUCGACUGCUUCGAAUUUCUGUCUCACUACUCCUUCUGAUCUGGUCGACUUUUAUUCAUUUGUUGUUGUGCUACUCCGAGAAGUUCCUACUGCGAUGGCGAAUUGCUGUUUCUCCCAGUGCCAGGGCCCAUUUCAGGCAUGGCUCCGUCCCGGCUAUUGGAUUCCGGGCGUCCGCAACCUGCACUCGUGCAGGCAAACGUGGGACCUCGAUGGCACCCCAUCAGAAAACUUCGAUCGGCUGUCACACUUCAUCGAGGAAAACGAACGGCAACAGAAUUGGAUUCUUCGUCAGGCCAACUCUGACACACAUUUUAUACAGAUCUUCACCUACACGCCGUCGCAGUGGUUGGACGUGACUGAAAUACAACUGCAACCCGGCCCGCAGUCAGGGACCAGAGCUGUUUGCAAAUCAUUUUCGUCUGGUUUUCUACCGGUGUGUGUACCUGGUGCCCCUCUCUGGAAUGCGAUAUUCUGUUUCGUGCCAUUCUCUGAUAUGAACUUGGGAGAGAAACGUUUGAAUAUGCUGAACAGUGCCGCGUCAUCCAAGGAGCCCGUGUGAGGUCUCGUGGUCCUCUUGCGGUCGGAAUGCGUCACGAGGCGUUUGUGGUGGUGGUGUGUAUAACGCUUCCCAGCAUCCGACGUAGCGGGGCACACGAAGCUUCCGUGUCCGUGCGUUUUGUCGUUGGUGGCGGCUGUCUGUUCCACCUGUACGGUGUCUUGUACCCCCCCCCCCCCUUCCCUCCGACACAAUCAUGCAUGUCUACCUACUCUCCCGCAUGCCUCUAUAUUGUUUGUUUACUCGUCACAUAGACGUAUACCAGUCUUGCAGUUGAUAUCGGUUGCCUCGCGCCCCAACCCGUCACAUAUACUAGCUUAUGAGACGUACACCAGUCUUGCAAUUGAUAUCGGUUGCCUCGCACCCCAACCCGUCACAUAUACUAGCAUAAUUAAUAUUAAUUAUGUUGAUGUUUCUAGCUCAUAUUGCAUCCCCCCAUUUACCUUGCAAAAGCGUCAGCGAUGACCCAGAAUGAAUAUCUGCCGAACAAUUAACUUCCCGUGCCAGCGACCAUAUGCACCGCCGUUGGUGGUCGUAGUCGUUGUGUCUCCGCAUCUGCUCUAUUCUCUUUAUGUCCCCAUCCUGCCGUGUGUUUACCCGGCGAGCUUCAUUUUGCUCUGGACGCGCUAUCUCUGGGCACCGUCGCUGCAAUACCGGAUCUCGAUGAACGGAUCAAUCUGCACCGGCUACAACCAAUCAUACCUAACGACACAGAACUCUUGUCUGCUUUCUCUAUCUUGUCAUGUUCACGGAAAACCAUACCCUGUCUGCUUUUUCACGUUCAAGACUGCAUCGGAUGAGGUCACAUGAUAUUAUCAAUAACGCAUACGCAUGAUUUUUGCAUAUCUGUCCAUAAUUCUGGGGGUUUCCCCGUCGCUAUCUGUCUAUAGUUCAGGGGGAUUCCCCAUCGCUUAGGUGUAUCUGCCGGUUCAGAUCUCGUUCACUUUUUGCUGUUUACAGUACUGAAUUGCAAAAGGUGGAUUUUGUGUUAUUUA